CAUCACCUCAAAAGCAAUAACCUUAAAAACAAAUCUUGCUCUUAUUUUCAUCCAUGGCAAUCGAGUCCCACAAAAUCGGCAUCAUCGGCGGUGGCAUUAGCGGCCUCGCAGCCGCUAGGCAACUGGCCAAAUACGAGCCGGUGGUCUUCGAGGCCACGGGCUCCAUCGGAGGGGUUUGGAGGCACUGCUCGUACAGAUCGACGAAGCUCCAAACCCCUCGCUGCGACUACGAGUUCUCGGAUUUUCCGUGGACUCAAAGGGACAACGUGAACUUCCCUUCCUACCAGGAAAUCUUGGAUUACUUGCACUCAUAUGCCACCCACUUUGAGGUCCUCAAAUUCAUCAAGUUCAACUCCAAAGUGGUCGAGCUCCGCUUUGUCGGCGGCAACCGGGAGAAAUCCGGCGACUACGGUGUCCUCCUCCCCGGCCACCCCGUCUGGGAAGUCGGAGUUCGGACCGAUCAAUCGGAAAAUAUUCAGUGGUAUGGUUUCGAGUUUUUGGUGAUAUGCACCGGAAAAUACGGCGACGUACCGGUGAUUCCUAAUUUUCCCGUAAACAAAGGCCCAGAAGUUUUCAAGGGAAAAGUUAUGCACACACUCGACUACUGCAAACUCGACGAGGCCGAGUCGACUCAGUUGAUGAAGGGCAAGAAGGUUGUCGUCUUCGGCUACAAGAAAUCGGCCAUCGAUUUGGCGGUCGAAUGCGCUGAAGCGAAUCAAGGAGCGGACGGGCAGGCGUGCACAAUGGUGGUGAGAUCUCUGCAUUGGACAGUUCCACAUUACUCAGUUUGGGGUUUGCCAUUUUACAUGUUCUAUUCUACGAGGGCGUCGCAGUUCUUGCACGAACGCCCUAAUCAGGGAUUCCUUCGAACCCUCCUCUGCCACAUGCUCUCUCCAAUCAGAAGGGCAGUCUCAAAGACUGUUGAGUCCUACCUAACAUGGAAGCUUCCCUUGGAGAAGUAUGGCUUGAAACCCGAGCACCCUUUUGAGGAGGACUACGCGUCUUGUCAGAUGGCGAUCCUGCCUCACAACUUCUUCUCCGAGGCCGACAAGGGCAACAUUGUCAUCAAAAGAUCCGCCUCAAAGUGGUGGUUUUGGGAGGGAGGAGUCCAGUUCGAGGAUGGGACCAAAUUGGAUGCUGAUGUCGUGCUUCUUGCAACUGGUUUUGAUGGGAAGAGGAAGUUGAAAGCUAUAGUUCCAGACCCUUUUCGCUCUCUGCUGGAAUUCCCUUCGGGCAUGAUGCCCCUCUAUAGAGGCACAAUCAACCCUCUCAUUCCUAACAUGGCGUUUGUGGGCUACAUUGAGAGUGUGUCCAAUCUUCACACAGCUGAGAUACGCUGCAAGUGGCUGUCGCAGCUGGUGGACGAGCAGUUCAAGCUCCCCAGUGCGGAGAAGAUGCUCCAGCAGACCACCAAGGAGAUGGAGAUCAUGAAGAGGACGACUAGGUUUUACAAACGAAGCUGCAUCUCCACCUUCAGUAUCAACCACAGUGAUGAGAUCUGUGAAGAGAUGGGGUGGAGUUCAUACAGGAAGAAGAAUUGGAUUGCUGAGAUCUUCAGCCCCUACAGCAGCCAAGACUAUGAAAAGGAGAAAUAAUAAUCAGAUCCCAUACCUUUUUUUCUAAGUACUAACUAUUGUAUGUUGUUCAAUUCCUUUUACCAUGGAAUAAGAUGUAGUGCAUCAAUACACAUAGUAUAGAUCAAAUAAUGGAAUUUCAUUAAUAAAAUGUUAUGUCAUAUUUCUUUA